AUGGCGCGCUACUUGGUCCGGGCAGGCCUCGUGGUUCUGCUGAUGGCCCAGUGGGGCGCUGCUGCAAGGCUGGUCUGCUACUUGGCCAACUGGGCCCAGUACCGAGAGGGGGUGAGUCGCUUCUUGCCCAGGGACGUGGACCCUGGCCUGUGCACCCACCUCAUCUACGCCUUCGCCGGCAUGAACAACCAUGAGCUCAGCACCAUCGAGUGGAACGACGCCACGCUCUACCAGGAGUUCAACGGCCUGAAGCGCAGGAACCCCAAGCUGAAGACCCUGUUAGCCGUCGGGGGCUGGAGCUUCGGCACUCAGAAGUUCACGGAGAUGGUAGCCACAGCCGGUACCCGUCAGAUCUUUGUCAACUCUGCCAUUAAGUUUCUGCGCAAGUAUGGCUUUGACGGCCUUGACCUUGACUGGGAGUUCCCGGGAAGCAGGGGGAGCCCAGCGGCUGACAAGCAGCGCUUCACAGCCCUGGUGCAGGACUUGGCCAAUGCCUUCCAGAAGGAGGCCCGGGCCCCCGGGGAGGAGCGACUCCUUCUGAGUGCAGCUGUCCCGAAUGCGCGAAGCCAGGUGGACACUGGAUAUGAGGUGGACAAGCUGGCCGCGAACCUGGAUUUCAUCAACCUGAUGGCCUACGACUUCCAUGGCUCCUGGGAGAAGGUCACAGGGCACAACAGCCCCCUCUACAGGAGGCAGGGGGAGAGCGGCGCAGCGGCCGAGUACAACGUGGACGCUGCCGUGAGACUGUGGCUACAGAAGGGGGCCCCUGCCAGCAAGCUGGUGCUUGGCAUGCCCACCUACGGGCGAUCCUUCACCCUGGCCUCCUCGUCAGACACCAGAGUGGGGGCCCCAGCUGUAGGGCCUGGCGCCCCUGGCCCCUUCACCAAGGAUGGAGGGGUGCUGGCUUACUACGAGGUCUGCUCCUGGAAGGCAGCGCAGAGAAUCAACGAACAAAAGGUGCCCUACGUCUUCCGGGAUAACCAGUGGGUGGGUUUCGAUGAUGUGGAAAGCUUCAAGGCCAAGGCCAGCUAUCUGAAGCAGAUGGGGCUUGGUGGGGCCAUGGUCUGGACACUGGACUUGGACGACUUCCGGGGCUCCUUCUGCAACCAGGGCCCGUACCCCCUCAUCCAGACGCUGCACCAGGAGCUGAGUCUUCCAGAUGGGCCUUCCGUUCGUCCCGAGCCUGGAGUUCCUGCCCCAGGGCAGCCCGCUCAACCUGAGCGGGACCCCAGCCCCGGACCAGGUGCCUUCUGCCAGGGCCGAGCCGACGGGCUGUACCCCAACCCUCAGGACCGGGCCAGCUUCUACACCUGUGCAGGAGGCCGGCUGUUCCAGCAGAGCUGCCCGACGGGCCUGGUGUUCAACGCGUCCUGCAAAUGCUGCAACUGGAGCUGA